GCAGCUUCAUUUGGAGGCCACGAGAAGGUAGUCAAGGUGCUACUCGACAACAACGCCGACGUCAACGCACAAGGUGGAGACUACGCCAACGCCCUGCAGGCAGCUUCACUUCAAGGCCACGAGCAGGUAGUCAAGAUGCUGCUCGAUAGCAACGCCGACGUCGACGCGCAGGGAGGAGACUACGGCAACGCACUGCACGCAGCUUCACUUCAAGGCCACGAGCAGGUAGUCAAGAUAUUGCUCAAGAGCAACGCC